GUGCGUGGCGACGUGUCGGCCAUCUUGUGUUGUUGAGGCUGAGGAUUGACUUGGGUUCUGAGAGACUCCUGUCCCGGACCGCAGUGUUAAAAAGACCUGAAAACGUUUGCUGAAACGUCCUGCCGUGAGAUAGCAGAACUUUUGAACAGGUUUUUCCACAUACAAAAAUCUUUUUAAAAAUACGGAGAAGAAUGGCAGCAGAAACCCAGACACUAAACUUUGGGCCUGAAUGGCUCCGUGCUCUGUCCAGUGGUGGGAGCAUCACAUCCCCUCCUCUUUCUCCGGCCCUGCCAAAGUAUAAAUUAGCAGAUUAUCGUUAUGGCAGAGAAGAAAUGUUAGCACUUUUCCUUAAAGACUACAAGAUACCUUUUGACCUUCUGGAGAAAGAAUUCCUGCCUAUCCUACAGGAGGAGCCCCUGCCACCAUUGGCUCUAGUACCCUUUACAGAAGAAGAACAGAGAAACUUUUCCAUGUCUGUAAAUAGUGCUGCUGUCCUGCGAUUGACAGGACGAGGAGGAGGAGGAGGAGGCACAGUGGUGGGGGCUCCUAGAGGUCGAAGUUCUUCACGAGGGCGAGGCAGAGGUAGAGGUGAAUGUGGUUUCUACCAAAGAAGUUUUGAUGAAGUAGAGGGUGUGUUCGGUCGAGGAGGUGGCAGGGAAAUGCAUAGAUCACAGAGCUGGGAAGAAAGGGGUGACAGGCGCUUUGAAAAACCAGGAAGAAAAGACGUAGGGAGACCAAAUUUUGAGGAAAGUGGACCAACAUCUGUGGGGAGAAAGCAUGAGUUUAUACGGUCGGAAAGUGAAAACUGGCGGAUCUUCAGAGAGGAGCAGAAUGGAGAGGACGAAGACGGAGGUUGGCGAUUAGCUGGGUCAAGACGGGACGGAGAGCGGUGGCGGCCUCACAGCCCUGAUGGCCCUCGUUCUACAGGCUGGCGAGAACACAUGGAACGCCGCCGGAGAUUUGAGUUUGAUUUUCGAGAUCGAGAUGAUGAGCGAGGUUACCGAAGGGUGCGCUCUGGCAGUGGGAGCAUAGAUGACGACAGGGAUAGCUUGCCAGAGUGGUGUUUAGAGGACGCCGAAGAAGAAAUGGGCACGUUUGACUCGUCUGGAGCAUUCCUCUCUCUAAAAAAAGUGCAGAAAGAACCUAUUCCUGAAGAGCAGGAAAUGGACUUUAGACCUGUGGAGGAGGGAGAAGAGCGCUCUGACUCUGACAGCAGCCAUAAUGAAGAGGCCAAAGAACUCGAUAAGGCAAAUAAGAAAGAGGGAGAAAAAACAGACAGAGCAGUAGCUGAAGCUAAUGAGGAAGUACCCCAGACGUCAUUAUCAUCUGCUAGGCCAGGCACCCCUUCAGAUCACCAGCCUCAAGAAGCACCACAGUUGGAGAGGAAAGAGGAGCCCAAAGCUGAACAAAUAGAACAACCUGAAGAAGAGACUCAGGGAGAAAAGAGUCUCCCAGUCAAGGGCCCCAGCAGAGGGGAUGAGGCCUGUUACAAAGAGUGGAGUAGACUGACUGACACCACUGACCAUUGGCUAGAUGCUAUGGUGACAUCUAUGCUGGAAAGACCCUGUGUGGACCUUGACACCCUUCUGUCAUCCUCGGGAGAAAUACUGCACGUCCCCAUAAGAAAAACAGUGCCUGCCUCCCAGCAGCCUUCGAUCCAGCUUCCUCCAGAUGCAGCCUCUCCUCUCCUCAUCCUUCCAUCUCCUGGUCCCACUCCUGCUUCUGCCUCACAGCCAGUUGAGAUAGCAGCCGGCGAAGCUCCUGAUGUGGGCGGUGUUCCCACAGAGCCAGAUGAUGAAGAGGGCCUUAAACACUUGGAACAGCAAGCUGAGAAGAUGGUGGCUUAUCUCCAAGACAGUGCACUAGAUGAUGAGAGAUUGACAUCGAAACUGCAGGAGCACAGAGCUAAAGGGGUGUCGGUCCCACUGAUGCACGAAGCAAUGCAAAAGUGGUAUUACAAAGACCCUCAGGGGGAGAUCCAAGGUCCCUUUAACAAUCAGGAGAUGGCUGAAUGGUUUCAGGCGGGCUAUUUUACUAUGUCUUUGCUUGUGAAGAGAGCGUGUGAUGAAAGCUUCCAGCCUCUUGGUGAUAUCAUGAAAAUGUGGGGAAGGGUUCCUUUCUCUCCAGGCCCUGCUCCUCCUCCUCCUCAUAUGGGAGAAUUGGACCAGGAACGCCUGACCAGACAGCACGAACUCAAUGCCUUAUACCAGAUGCAGCACCUCCAGUACCAGCAGUUCUUAAUACAACAACAGUAUGCACAGGUUUUGGCUCAACAGCAGAAAGCAGCUUUAUCAUCUCAGCAGCAGCAACAGCUGGCUGUUCUUCUCCAGCAGUUCCAAGCUCUGAAGAUGAGAAUAUCUGACCAGAACAUCAUUCCCUCAGUAACUAGGUCUGUGUCAGUCCCGGAUACUGGCUCUAUCUGGGAGCUUCAACCAGCAACCUCACAGCCCGCAGUUUGGGAAGGUGGUAGUGUAUGGGAUCUUCCCCUGGACACAACAACACCAGGCCCUUCCCUGGAACAGCUUCAGCAGCUAGAGAAAGCCAAAGCUGCAAAGUUAGAGCAGGAGAGAAGAGAGGCAGAAAUGAGGGCAAAAAGGGAAGAGGAGGAGCGGAAGAGGCAAGAAGAGCUCCGGAGACAGCAGGAGGAAAUUCUUCGGAGGCAGCAGGAGGAAGAAAGGAAAAGACGGGAAGAAGAGGAGCUGGCUAGAAGGAAGCAGGAGGAGGCUCUGCGGCGCCAGCGGGAGCAAGAGAUUGCGCUAAGGCGGCAGCGAGAAGAGGAGGAGAGGCAGCAGCAGGAGGAAGCACUUAGAAGAUUGGAGGAGAGGAGGAGAGAGGAGGAAGAAAGGCGGAAGCAGGAAGAACUGCUACGCAAGCAGGAAGAGGAGGCUGCCAAAUGGGCCCGGGAAGAGGAGGAAGCCCAGCGGCGACUGGAGGAGAACCGGCUGCGCAUGGAGGAGGAGGCAGCCAGACUUCGUCAUGAGGAGGAGGAACGAAAACGGAAGGAGCUGGAGCUACAGCGGCAGAAGGAGCUGAUGCGCCAGAGGCAGCAGCAGCAGGAGGCUCUCCGCAGGUUACAGCAGCAGCAGCAGCAGCAGCAGCUUGCGCAGAUGAAGCUUCCCUCUUCUUCCACGUGGGGUCAGCAGUCUAAUACAACCGCGUGUCAGUCCCAGGCCACACUGUCGUUGGCUGAGAUCCAGAAGCUGGAAGAAGAACGAGAGCGGCAGCUCCGAGAAGAGCAAAGGCGUCAGCAGAGGGAAUUGAUGAAAGCUCUCCAACAGCAGCAGCAACAGCAGCAGCAGCAGAAGCUCUCAGGUUGGGGGAAUGUCAGCAAACCUCCAGGUACCACCAAGUCUCUUCUGGAGAUCCAGCAGGAAGAGGCCAGGCAGAUGCAGCAGCAGCAACAGCAGCAGCACCAGCAGCAGCAGCAGACAAACAGAGCCCGGAACAGCACACAUUCCAACCUGCACACCAGCAUUGGGAAUUCUGUAUGGGGCUCUAUAAACACGGGUCCUCCUAACCAGUGGGCAUCUGAUCUAGUCAGUAGUAUCUGGAGUAAUGCAGACACUAAAAACUCCAACAUGGGGUUUUGGGAUGAUGCAGUGAAAGAGGUGGGACCUAGAAAUUCAACAAAUAAAAAUAAAAACAACGCCAGUCUCAGUAAAUCUGUAGGUGUGUCUAACCGGCAGAAUAAGAAAGUAGAAGAAGAAGAAAAGUUGCUGAAGCUCUUUCAGGGAGUAAAUAAAGCCCAAGAUGGAUUUACCCAGUGGUGUGAACAGAUGCUUCAUGCCCUUAAUACGGCAAAUAACUUGGAUGUUCCAACGUUUGUUUCUUUCUUGAAAGAAGUGGAAUCUCCUUAUGAAGUCCACGACUAUAUCAGGGCCUAUUUAGGAGAUACUUCUGAGGCCAAGGAGUUUGCCAAGCAGUUCCUUGAGCGCCGUGCCAAACAGAAAGCCAACCAACAGCGUCAGCAGCAGCAGCAGCAGCAGCAGCAGCAGCAGCAGCAGCAGCAGCAGCAGCAGCAGCAGCAGGACUCUGUUUGGGGCAUGAACCAUAGUACACUCCAUUCGGUAUUUCAGACCAAUCAAAGCAACAACCAACAAUCCAGUUUUGAGGCUGUUCAAAGUGGCAAAAAGAAGAAAAAGCAGAAGAUGGUUCGAGCAGAUCCCAGUUUAUUAGGGUUUUCCGUCAAUGCAUCAUCAGAGCGACUCAACAUGGGUGAGAUUGAGACUCUGGAUGACUACUGAUGAUGUACUGAUGCUGAGUACCUGCCGCUGUGCCAGCCUAAUGACCAUGGAUUCUCCUCGUUGGACACAACAUGCAUUCACCAUUUGCUCUCUGUCACUCUGCAACAAAUCACAGAACCAAUCAUCUCAGGCUUUUUUUUUCUAGCCCUUCGUGUCCAAGAUUAUUUUAAACCACUGUUGGUGAGCAUCUCAGACUGUCCCUAAGUGGACCAGACCCUUUGUCUUGGGGGUGGCAGUUGGGAUUGCUCACCAGCAGGGCUGAUAUCGGCAGCACACAUUGACUGUGCGUUGAUUUCAUCUACUGUCUCCUGAAAGUGUGUUGCAAUCUGCCAAGAGCAGGCUCCUUGUUUUUGUUUGUUUUGUUCUCCCCCCCCCCUUCCUCCCCAGUACAGGCAAAGGGUCUAAACUGGCGCAGUCAUGAAGAGAGUUAUGGUUAAUUGACAUUGGCCAGCAACAAAUGCUCCCCUGGACAGUGACUCCACUAUAGCCAGAGCCAGGCAGAACCCUGUCUAGAGGUUGCAUGGCCAUUGCUAACUUCAGGAUUGCAUCAGAGGCCCUGAGCGGGUGGAUUGUAGACUGGCUUGUGUGAUGUUGCACAUUCUUCACUUGUUCUUUCUGGAAUCUUUCUGGAGAAAGGAUUCAUGUUGUCUUCAUUAGCUAGUGACUUCCCAAGCAAGCUGAGUUCUCCCCUGACAUUCUCCAGCCUUACUGGACAAAGGAAACCCUGUGGCCUGGGACAGGGACUUGUAAUUUUCCUUUCAUAUAAAAACUGAUUUUUUUCCCCCAUGAAUAUUUUUACUUCAAAGGACUAGGACCAGUUUGUUUUGGGCCCUUCUGUGAAAAUUUGUCUCGUUUAAGAGGCAUCUUUACCAUAUGUAUGAAUUUGUGUAACUUCAACUCGGAUAGGGAUAAACUUUUGCUUCUGAUAAAAGUUGGGAAUUUCAUCUGUUCCUCAGAGCACUGUGUGUGUGUGUUUAGCCGUGGCCUUGAAAGGUUUUUUUUUUUUUUUUUUUUUUUUUUUUUUUGGUAAAGAUUCUGGGCUGGCAACUUGUUUGCCUUUUUUGAAAAGAGAACAUACAAAAUCUGACCAUCUUUAAGACCUUCAUCCGUGGAAACCACUAUGCAGGAGGAUGCAGUGGGAUGGAGGGUAUGGGCAAGAACGGGAGGAAGAGGCCUGCUCCUACCCAUUCACAUCAAGUAGAAACGUACUCAAUCUCUAUUUAUAACUGAUGGCCUCCACCAAACGCCUGUCAACCAUCACCUGGGAUGGUCAGGCCUACCUCGUGGAAGCUGUGGGCCUGCCGUGCCUGUGCGCGAGGUGCGGUGCUGAGCAGCUUGUAGGUGAAGUCCUUCCCUUUCUUCAUCGGUGCCCGGAGAAGGCUGGAGUUGCUCUGAGAGCAAUUUGGUUUUGGAGGGUUAUAUUUGCUUUCUAUUUUUAUUAUUUUGGAUUACCAUUCUCCCUAUCCCUUCUUGCCUCUCCCUCCUAAACAUGUAUAAUAACUAUACAGAGACUGCUACAAACUUGUAAAUAGUUUUUGGAUCAAAUAGCAUAAGGAGAUGGGGGAACCAUUAAAAAGUGAGGCUCCUAUUCUCCUUUGCUUUGUAAAUUCAAAAGAGGGGGGUGGGGAAGAGGGAUAGUUAAAAUGUUUACAAAACUUUAAGCUCCCUCGGAACUUUUGCCAGUGUGGAGGAAAAUAAAAAAGAACUUAAAUAAAA